AUGCCUAAUACACGAUCCCAAUGUUCUAACACUCCUUCUGAGACUAACGAAAUUUUAACACAAUCAGAUUUAGAAAUCCUCAAUCAAAAAUUAAAUGAAAAAGAAAAGAUGCUUAAAGAACAUGCCAAAAUGUUACAAAUAAAACAGGAUGAAUUGAAAAACUUACAACGCGAAAUUGAACAAAGUAGAAAUGCUAAUUCCGAUAACAAUCAACACGAGUCAAUAAUAAAAAAUCUAAAUGAACAAAUCUCUGCUUUAGUUUCAUUGCCUGAACAAAUGGAACAAUUAAAUCAACGUAUUAACGACAUUCAAUUUUCUAAUCCACCUCACAAUCAACAAACAAAUUAUAAUUCCGAUUACUAUUCCGCUCAAAAUUUUCCUCGCAGGUCUAGCCCUGCAGAUACAGCCUCCCCGAUUCGCCUUAAAGAUGUAGUUGAUUCUAUUCCUAAAUAUGAUGGACACAAAAUUUCUGUUUUUUAUUUCAGCAAAAUGUGUGAACGAGCCCUCGAAUUAAUUCCUGGUUAUCAUGAAUAUCAUUUAGUACAAUUAAUAAUUAAUAAAUUACAGGGACACGCUUACGCUGCUAUAGAAGAAAGAGUAAAGGAAUUACGCGCAGCUAUAAUUGAUGGGGAAACUAAUGCCGGUGGAUAUAUAGACGAAAUUACAAAAGAUAGUAUUGAGCGUAGCGUAACUACAAGUUUUAUUAACGGUCUCCCUUCCGAUCUUUUAAUCAGAGUUAAAUUAGAAGGAUCUUAUACAUUCGAUGGAGCUCUAGAAUCGGCAAUACAACUUUCAAAAACUUUAGAAGCAGAAAACGCGCGUAAACGGACCGUACCACUUUCUAAACCUAACUUUUCCCCUCGCGCUGAUUUCUUAAAUAAAUCGGGCCCUCCCCAAACAAGUAAUUUACCGCAAUAUAAUGAAACACAACAUCCUCGAAAUAAUACAACUCCUUUUAUAAAACCACUCAUUCCCGGAAUACCUGGACCUAAUUAUCCUAUCGGAAAAACAUGUCGUUAUUGCAAAAAUCCCGGACAUCUUAUAGACGAAUGUCGCAAACUCGCGUACAGGCGAUCUACUGAAAAUAAUCCAUCUACUUCGUAUUCCAAUAACCAUAAUAAUAAUCCGGGAAACGCACAGAGCGUUCCGCGCUUUAUUAAUGAAAAUAUAAUCUUGGAUAAAAGUGAAACCUUAAUUCUUCAAGGUAUAUCUUCUGAACCUAUCUGUACUGUAGGUUCCGUCAUCAUACAUUUACUCAAUCUACCCACCUAUUUCCAUGUAGUUCCCGACACAGUUGGUUUUCCUCAAGAUGUGCCAAAGAAACCUGAUUCUCAAGGUAAUAAGCGAUGGCGAAUGGUCAUCGAUUAUCGCAGCCUUAACGAAAAAACUAUAGGAGAUGCUUAUCCUCUUCCAAAUAUAACUGAUAUUCUCGAUCAAUUAGGAUCUGCCAAAUAUUUUUCUGUCCUCGACUUAGCUUCUGGUUUCCAACAAAUUCCUAUGGCAUCUAAGGACGCCCCAAAAACCGCAUUUUCAACUCCAUAUGGUCAUUAUCAAUUUAAAAGAAUGCCAUUUGGUUUAAAAAACGCUCCUGCAACCUUUCAACGAUUAAUGGAUAAUGUCCUUUCCGGGUUGCAAGGUAACGAAUUAUUCGUUUAUAUGGAUGAUAUAGUCAUCUAUGCUAGAUCUUUAAAGGAACAUGAACCGGAUAAAUGCGAAUUUCUUCGCCAUGAAGUAGCCUAUCUCGGUCAUAUAAUCGGAGCUGACGGAGUUAAACCUGAUCCUAAUAAAAUAAAAUCAAUAUCCGAAUUUCCUAUACCUAAAAAUGAGAAAAACAUUAAACAAUUUUUGGGAUUAGCAGGUUAUUACAGACGAUUUAUUCCACAAUUUUCUAAGACUGCCAAGCCAUUAACCGAUUUGUUAAAGAAAAACAAUACAUUUAAUUGGCAACAACGUCAAACAGAAGCAUUUAAUAUUUUAAGAAACGCAUUAUGUUCUGAACCGGUACUUCAAUAUCCUGAUUUUACUAAACCCUUUGUUUUAACGACCGAUGCAUCCGGAUAUGCUAUUGGAGGAGUACUCAGUCAGGGACAAAUCGGAAAAGAUUUACCUAUCGCUUAUACAUCUCGCGUGUUAAAUACCGCAGAACAAAAUUAUUCCACUAUUGAGAAAGAAUGUUUAGCAAUAAUUUAUUGUAUUAAUCACUUUCGACCCUAUCUAUAUGGUAAAAAAUUCACAAUUGUAACUGAUCAUAAACCUUUAGUUUGGCUCCAUUCAAUUAAAGACCCCUCUUCAAGAUUAUGGAAAUGGAGAACAAAAUUAGCAGAAUACGAAUACGAAAUACAAUAUAAGAAGGGAAGUUUGAAUAAUAAUGCAGACGCCUUAUCCCGAAACCCACCUAUAAACUGCAUCCUACCCUUAUUUACCGCUAAUCCGGUAGACGAAUCAUCAAACGAAUCAACAUUUUCUUUUGAACGUAGACCUAGAAGGCCUAUCUCAGACAGAGAAAUGUCCUCUUCACCAAUUGAUUUUUCCCCGUAUAAUCAACAAUUAGAAGAUAAUCAAUCCGCAUCUGAACAACCUAAUAUAACAAUAGAAGAAUAUUUUAGCGAUGACGACGAAAUGGAUAGAUUAAUUGCAAAUUCAGAUGAAGAUAGUAAUCAAUACGAAGAGAUAAUUGACCUUAACGAUGAACCUCAAAACACAGACCGAAUCAUUAUAACCGAAAACCGCGAUAGCUUAUUGAAACAAUCAGAUAACCAUGUAAUUUUUAUUUAUUUAAAUGGAACUCCUUUUGAUAAUGGCGCUAAGGAAUAUCAAGAAGCAAAUUUAUUACCUAAUUAUCAAGAUCUUAUGUAUGAAAGGGCUAAUGUAAAAUCUUUAAAUCACGGUAAAUUAAUAUCACUUCCAAUAAAACAUAAUAAUCGGACAAAUAUAGAAAUUCAAACUUUAAAAAAUUGCAUACGCUCUCUUUUAGAUGUAAUAAUGGAAUUACAAUUAACUUCCUUCAGUAUUAGUAAAACUGAUAAUUUCGAUGAUUUACCCUGGCAUUAUAUAAUAGGCCAGAUUCAAGGAUAUUUAAGAGACUUACCAGUCCACAUUACUGUUUGCAAAAACCUUGUCCGAACUCCACCUUUCGAACAACGAGAAGCUCUUAUAAAUGAAAAUCAUUCUUCAGCUCACGGUGGUCAUAAAGGCAUUACUAAAACAUAUAAUCGAUUAAGACCUCACUAUUACUGGAAAAACAUGAAAAAAGACAUUCAAAAUUUCAUUCAAAGAUGUCGUCAAUGUCAAUUAAAGAAAUUAACAAGAAUAAAAACAAAACAACCCAUGGUGAUUACAGACACACCUGGUUCUGCAUUUGAUAAAGUUUCUCUUGAUAUAGUAGGCCCUCUUCCAAUCACAAAUACCGGUAACCAAUAUAUUUUGACUAUGCAAGAUUUAUUAACUAAAUAUUCAGUAGCCGUACCAUUAAGAGAAGCAACUUCUUUAGCCAUAGCCGAUGCUCUUACUAAAAAUUUUAUUUGUAUUUAUGGCACUCCCAAAGCUAUUCUUACUGAUCAAGGAACUAAUUUCCUCUCCGCCUUAAUGCGUAACUUAACAAAAAAGUUUAAUAUCCAACAUUUUAAAACUACUGCUUAUCAUCCACAAUCCAACGGUUCAAUUGAGAGAUCACAUCACGUACUAACCGAAUAUCUAAAAACCCAAGUCGAAAAAGAAAAGGAAUGGGAUAAUUAUAUUAAUAUGGCAAUGUUCUCAUAUAAUACCAGCGUUCACGAAGGUACUAAAUUUUCACCAUUUGAAUUAAUUUUUGGUCGUAUAGCACGAUUACCCUCCGCUCACACACCAAUAGACGAGAAUCUAGAGAUAACUUAUCAACAAUAUUUAACUGAUUUAUUUAAUAAAAUCAACGAUAUACAGGAAGAAGCACGUAAAAAUCUUAUAGCAGCAAAAGAAAAAAGUAAAUAUUAUUAUGAUCGAAAAAUUAAUCCGCAAAAUUUUCGCGUAGGAUCAUAUGUAUUUUUAUUAAAAGAACCCGCAAGAGGGAAAUUCUCUGAUCAGUAUACGGGCCCUCAUCAAGUUAUAGAAAUCUUACCUCAAUAUAAUGUUAAAAUUUUAAUAAAGAAUAAACCUCGAAUUGUACACAUCAAUAAACUAAAACUCGCUCACGUUGAGCCAGGAUGAAACAAUGUGAAUAUUAUUUUUGGUUACAGAUGCGUUGGCAUCGCCAACGAAUUAUUUUAUUAUUAUUUCAGGACAAAAGCAUCAUUCCUCUUUAACCGCACACCAUCAUCUGUGCUUUGCUUAUUGUGCUAAAGUCCUGGGUUAUCUUAAGAUGGAUAACAACUCUAUUCUUUUUUUGAACGGUUAUUAACUACUUACUAUAAAUUAUUUUAUUUUCGCUUGUUUUAU